CAAUCGGUCACGGAGUUAGUUAAGGAAUGCAAGCCAAAAUACACAUCCAGCUUUUACUAACACCUAAAUAUAUGGUUUGAAUAUGUUUACCUCGUUUGUCAUUGAUUUAAUUUUCCACUUCACUCUUGACAUCCGGUUGUAUUAUUUCUAGUUUAACAAAUGAGCAGGAAGUACUAUUGAGCCAAGUUACGGUCUGUGCCAACGCCCGGUUGCAUAGAAGAAGCCAGCGUUAGCCACACUGUCGCCAGCCCUACCACAAGGAAGCGAGAUGCAGACCAUCAAAUGUGUGGUGGUGGGUGAUGGGGCAGUGGGAAAAACCUGUCUACUGAUUUCAUACACCACCAACAAAUUCCCAUCGGAAUAUGUACCAACAGUAUUUGACAACUAUGCAGUAACUGUUAUGAUCGGGGGUGAACCAUACACCCUUGGCUUAUUUGACACAGCAGGUCAGGAAGAUUACGACAGGUUACGACCACUAAGCUACCCACAGACAGACGUCUUCUUAGUCUGCUUCUCAGUUGUUUCGCCAUCCUCAUUUGAAAAUGUCAAGGAAAAGUGGGUUCCUGAAAUUACUCACCACUGUCCCAAGACUCCAUUCCUAUUGGUAGGCACUCAGAUCGACCUGCGUGACGACCCUUCCACUGUGGAGAAGUUAGCCAAGAACAAACAGAAGCCAAUCACCCCAGAGACGGCAGAAAAGCUGGCCCGCGACCUUAAGGCCGUUAAAUACGUGGAGUGCUCAGCCCUUACACAGCGGGGACUGAAGAACGUAUUUGAUGAGGCUAUCCUAGCCGCUUUAGAGCCCCCUGAAACUCAAAGAAAGAGAAAAUGCUGUUUGUUCUGAUGUCUUCUUGAUUCUUGCUUUGCCUCUCAAUUGUCUGCUGCUUAGUCAUUGUAAAGAAACGUCUUAUCAAGCUAAUUACAGUACACCUAAACUUACAAAAUAAAUGCUCAUGAACAUUUCAUACGUGUGUUCAUGUGCACUUUGGGUUCAACUAAUCGGUUAUAUCACACAGGUGGCCUGAUAUGACAAAGUGCCAAACUUAAGUUCGACUUUAAUGCACGCUUGUCUCUGCCACAGGGCACAUUUACUGUUUUUGUUUACCUUGGCUUUAUGUUCAUAUCUUAAAUAUUGCCCUAUGAAGCAUUUAGCUAUAUUCUAUCGGACAGCGAGAAGACAUUCUUUUCUACAACAUAGGCAUUCCCUAUAGUUCUUUCUAUGGGAGCGAGUCUUGUUAUAUCGUCAUGUUAUUUGAAUAAAGAACCAUCUGGAUUUCCUCGUUGCCUCUCCACUCGGCUUCCUUUUGUUUUUAAGAGGCCAGUAGUUGCUGCGCUGUCUGUCCUAGCGUUAUUUUGAAUAUGAAUGUUUUGUUUCCACAGAAAGGAUUAAAGAAUGUGUUUGAUGAGGCAAUACUGGCUGCCCUGGAGCCCCCCGAACCUAAGAAAAGACGUAAAUGUGUUCUGCUCUAAGUUUCGUCUCGUCAGCCUUCUCUGCACCACUUUCUAGGUUAGCAGCACUCUUAAAGGGGACCUAUUAUGCUCAGUUUUUGACCAGUUGUGGAUUCCUAUAGAGCAGCUACACAUAAUAACCCGCGCAGAAAGUUUUUUAGAUUUUCCAGAAUCUGCACCUAUUCCAGCUGUAAUUCCUUUGAUUUGUGCUUCCUGCCAAUACUGUCUGAAUUUAUUCCACCCAGGUCCCGCCUCCGGGCUUGCCCACUCCGCUGUGAUUGUUCACACGCCCAAAGUGCUUCCUAACUAUGAACCAUAUAAGGAAGUCUGCCCCUCUGUGACAUCAGGGGCAGUUUUACCACGCCUUUUGAAACGGAGUGUUUUGAGCCAUCCUAAACUUCUUUCAGGGCUCACUUCUAAAUGCGCAAACCUCAUUAUCUGAAACUUUGGCAUCAUCUAACACGAGAAUACAACAUUCUAACUACAUUUAUAGGUCAGAAAAGUGGUAUAAGCAUAACAGGUUCCCUUUAAGGUUUGCUUCACAACAAAGUUUCUUCACAAUUUAUAAUAUUUGCCUCCUGACAUAACCUAAAUACAUAUUUAGUGUGUUGAACAUGAUUAAAAAUUGAUGUUUUGUGAUGAGUUCAUACUUAUAAAUUGGCCUUACAUGAUGUAAUGGACUUUUUAAAAACGUAUUGACAUGUCUAGACAACAGUUCAGCUGCAAGUUUGCAGAUUGACUGAUUUAUCAAACGCUAUUCUAACUGAAAGCACUAAGUAGGUAAUGAGUCGAGUGCAGUUAGUUGCUGCUGAUUCUUUUGAUUCUAUUUAUAACCUGCAGCGUGAACACCCUCCACAAAGCUAUCAACAGCUCUAUUUGAAGGAAUAUUUGUCUUGAAUACUGAACAGAAAUACUGAUACUGCAGUAUUUAAGUGCAGAGACUGAUGACAUUGUACACUUUUUAAAGGCAAAAGUAUUUCCUGGCCCACAUGACGUCAUAUCAGAUAGCGACACUUCUUAGAAAACUCGAUAUAUGAUUCUAUAUCCUAAAUGCCAGAAAUAGUAUUUUGUUUUCCCCUAUAUCCAUUCCGAGAUGUGGGCUUGAUUAAUGUGUACAUAUCGUGAGAAUUACUCAUAACUUAUUGACUGAAUGUUUAAGUUGAAGUUCACAUGAUGCAAAGUAUUGAUUCCAAUCAAGGUUGGGUUUGUUUUUGUUCAAUUUGACAAGUUGUACUGUAUUUUCCAUGUGAUAAAACAUCACAAUAAAACAGUAUUAUGAAUAGACUUCAAAUGCAAUGU